AUGAUGGAAGAGAGUGGAAUAGAGACAACUCCACCUGGCACACCCCCACCAAGCACAGCAGGGGCUGCUGCUGCUGCUACACCUGUCUCAGCUUUAUCCAGUCCCCUUGCUACAGCAAGCAUGUCAUCUUCUCCCGCGUACUCGCCACCCUUGCCAUCUGGAGUGUCUCCACUUCCUCCUCCUAUGAUGACUUCAGCUUCUCUUCCACUGGUGCCUUCUGCAACGGCUUCUACUAUUGCACCACCUCUAACUCCUGCUGCACCUCCUGUUGCCCCUUCAGCUUUUAGUACCUCAAUGGCCCAGUUCUCUACACCUCCUCCAUUAAGCUCUGCUGCUGGCCCUGGUCUUCCAGCACCUCCUACUGGUCCCCCAAUUUCAGGAUUUUCUGUGUCUUCAACCUAUGACAUUACCAGAGGUCAUGCUGGUCGAGCACCACAGAGCCCACUGAUGCCGUCAUUUUCUGCACCUCCAGUCACAGGUGUUUUGGCAGAUCCUAUUACUCAACAAGCAACUUUCUCAUCACCUUUGGCUCCUGGAACUGGUUCUGCAAUCACUUUUCCUGAGGAACGUGAAGACCCCAGAGUAUCUAAUGCCCAAGGUGGAGCCCCUGCUUCAGGACUCUGGGGGUUUAUAAAGGGAGUAGCUGAGAAUCCCAUGGUGAAGUCUGUUCUUGAUAAAACCAAACAUUCAGUGGAGACGAUGAUCACAACGCUGGAUCCUGGCAUGGUUCCAUAUAUCAAAACUGGGGGAGAAUUGGACAUAGUGGUUACUUCUACUAAAGAGGUAAAAGUCGCAGCAAUUCGAGAUGCCUUUCAGGAAGUCUUUGGAAUGGCUGUUGUUACUGGAGAGGCUGCACAGUCUAACAUUGCACCCCAACCUGUGGGCUAUGCUGCAGGUUUAAAAGGAGCCCAAGAAAGAAUAGACAGCUUGCGUCGGACAGGAGUAAUACAUGAAAAACAGCCUGCUGUAUCAGUAGAAAGUUUCAUUGAGGAAUUGCUUCCUGACAAGUGGUUUGACAUUGGGUGUCUGAUUAUUGAGGAUCCAAUUCAUGGAAUUCAUCUGGAAGCGUUUCAAACUCUUUCAAUAAUCACUUCUCAAAAUGUUACACAGGCUAAGAGUCUCACUCCUCAGGACUACAAUCUGAGAUGGUCAGGCCUGUUGGUGACCGUGGGCGAAGUGCUUGAGAAGAGUAUACUGAAUGUCAACAGGACUGAUUGGCACCUGGUAUUCACUGGCAUGUCCCGUCGACAGAUGAUCUACAGUGCAGCGAAGGCUCUAGCCGGAAUGUACAAACAACACCUGCCACCCAGGACUGUUUGAAAGAAGGCUGAUCCAUGACACUAAGGAAUACUGAUUUUGAUUCUAGA